AUGCCCCUUAUUUCCCACUUCCUGGAAUUGCAUCGGCUCUCGAUCCAUUUCUAUGCCAAGACUCAUCAGCUUUCUAUUGCAUUCUGGUUCUCCAACCCCACAUUGGACGCUUUAGAAACUGGACCCAUUCAGUUCACCGGAGGCAGCUUUGCCCACUGGCAGGUUGCGCGGCCAAGCGAAUACCGCAUGGAGCUCAGCCUGUCCAUCAGGACACGUCAACGGGCUGGCUCAUUGGUUACUGUACGUUGGAGUUCUCUUCGCGCCUUUCAAAUCAGAUUGGCGAAUAAAGGCAACAUUGUGGUCUCUCCGAUCGACUUAUCUCGAGGUGUUCCUUUGAACGACUGGCUAAUCUCCUCAACAGCCGCUUCCCUUUUUGAUGGUCAGUGGCAUCGACUGCGAUUCUCCAUUUCUGCGUCUGUGCCCCUUACCUCAUGUCCGGAUUUGGGUAAAUGA